AUGCUUAGGCAUUUUCGUACUCGUACAUGGGGACGCCGCUGGAAUUCCAAUGGUAGCGCUAAGCCAACAACUAAAACUACUACAAAUACAACCUCGACAUUUGGUGUAUCAAAUCGAUCGGCGACACCGGGCACCAUGCGCCUGACCAAGAAUUAUGGUGCUGACAAACAUGAGGCCGAAGUAGAUUCGACACUCGCGCGAAUUAUCGGCUCUGACUGGGGCGAUCGUUCGCAUCAGCCAGUAUCACUGCCCAUGCGCAUCUAUUGGAUCGUUUUUGCUGUGGUACUGGGCAAUGGUUUGUACACCUACUUUGCUGGCAAGGACGAGUCGUUCUUGAUAAAUAAACUGAAGAAAAAGGCAGACGAGAAGAUGGGCGUUUUGGUGGAGAACGAAUGUCAGAAGAUGGCAGAAAUACCGACGAAUGAAAUUCAAAGUAUAGAAAAGGCGAAGCAUCAAGAAGUCACGACGACAACUGCAGCGUCCAUAUUAAAUUCUACUACUGGAUCAUCGACUACGAUGCCAUUUCUUGCACCAGGUUUAUCGAAACAUAUAAAUUCAGGUCGUCUUCAGUCGAAGGAAGAGCUCGAUUACCAACUUUCGCAGCUACGAGAACAGGAGAAGCGCCUUAAGCAACAAAUUAUGAGUGGCGAAGCAGCUGCAAACGAGGAGCUGGAACAUCAAGUACGCAUGAUUGAUGUUCAGAAAGAUCAGGUGAAACGCAGGAUGAAAUACUUGUAA